CCCUUGUUGGGAAACACGCAGGAGGCGAAAGCGAACGCGGCGCUCGCUCUCCAGCAAACCCACGACGGCUCAGCGGCAGUGGUACGGAAAUAAUGUUACCGACGGUGUAGCCGGUUUUGCUGCAGGCCAAAACAACACCGUGCAAUUAGAAAUAAAAACGGAAAAAGAGGUUGGCAAGGCUGUGCGUAAUUUCUAUAAUGGCAACAUUUCCAAAUCGUCGCUGUUGUCUGUGUUCACGCGCCAAGGAGCACCGUCGCCGCCAGUAAAGCUAAGCCGAUCAAGAAAAAGGAAAAUCAAGCUAUUUAUAUCCACUGCUCUGCUUGACUUCGUUUACCGUCGUGGACGGUCGAGACCAUGUCGGGCGGCCAGGACGAAAGUUCGGUGCGUGUGGCGUUGAGGGUCCGUCCUCAGCUGGCGCGCGAGAAGAUCGAAGGAUGUCACAUCUGCACGUUCGUCACCCCCGGCGAGCCUCAGGUGAUGCUGGGAAAAGACAAGGCCUUCACCUACGACUUUGUCUUCGACAUGGACACUACCCAGGACGCCAUCUACGCCAACUGCACAGAGAAGCUGAUUGAAGGAUGCUUCGAAGGCUACAACGCCACCAUCUUUGCUUAUGGACAGUGUGGGGAUGCUAAAUAG